CACAAGAUUUCAUCAAAGUUAGUCUUUUGGGCGCACUGUGCCCGAUAUACAGAAGGCCGGAAAAUGCCAUGUUGGACAGUAACUCCAAAUCCACUUAGUUCCACUCUUACGCUGCUCACAUCUGAAUUACAUGUCUGCUCUCGGAUAGAAGGUAAUGAAAGACUUCGAUUGUCGUCCAUUGCCAUCGAGUUCAUGCGAUUAUUAAUAUCCGCAUUGUAG